AUGACAGAAAUGCAGAUUGUUAAAAAGAAGAAGCAUGUGAUGAUUGCAUUAACUAUGGUUGCUUUAUUUGGUCUAAUUUUUAGAGUUGGUACAUUAAACAAUUAUGAAAAUGCUAAAUAUUAUUCUAAGCAUUUAAGAAGUCAACAAUUAGUUGUGUUUGCAGAUUUGCCUGAAGAAGAUCGGUUUCACGAUUCGAUUAAUGAAUUAUUUUCCUUGAAAGGUGAACAAAUCCCAUCAUAUUUAACAAAUUUUAAAUCUGAUGAUAGAAUAAAUCAGUUGAUACUAGACUCGGAAGCCUUGAGAAUAUAUAAGGAGAGGCCCCACUUUGAUCCAAGAAUUACGUUGAGUAUAUUGAUACGGUACCUAAUUCUGAACCCCUCCGAAGGAAAUGAGGAUGUCCAAAUUCCCUAUUUCAAUUGGAAUGAUUAUGUAGAUUUAUCCCAGAAUGAUAAGAGAGUAAAUUCUUGGAAAUGUUCCCAAUUUGAAAUUGAUGAAUCAUUCACUGUAAAAAAGGAAGGAUAUUAUAAGAGCCCUGAAGAAUAUUGUAUUGAUAACGAUGAUAUUGCAAAUCUAAUAGAAAAUGAAAAAUAUAAGAAAUUUCUUCCGAACUUUAAACUUAUUCAACAAAGUAAAUCGGCAUCUUCAGUUCAUAUUACCAAUUCUCCUGGACGUCAGAAGAUGGAGUACCGAGCUCAAUUUGGAAAAUUGUACUUGAAUGAAUUUAUGCCAAUUCCAUUUGCAAUUACAUUAAUACAUGAUGAAUUUGUUCGUACUGUUCCUAUAAAACAAGAUGGUGAGCUUGACAGUAUAAAGAAAAGGUUGGUAAAUACAGAACUAUUCACAAGUUCUGUGAAUGUACAAGAUGACUUGGUAGAAUUUGUAAAUUCUACUAAUCCUAUGAAACCAGUACUGAGUCUCAGAUUUUCAAAAGACCUCGAUUUCAGCCAAUUUAUAGAUCCAUCAGCAGAGUUAUUAGCGCAUUUCCGUCCUCAGUCACAUCAAGAUCAAAAUUAUAUUGAUUCACUCAGGUAUUCUAAUUCAAACCCAAAAGAUAGUUAUAAGUAUUUUGAUGAAGCUCAUAUAUUCUCUGUUGAAGAACAGAAACUAAAGUUUGAUGGAAGCCAUUACGACUGGAGAUUUUUCAAUUCCUUUUUAUUAGAGGAUUUUAAAGCUGCCAGCCUUCAUAGUCUCAUGAGUGCCUGGCUAGCCUUCACACGAAGGGUUGAACUUACAAGCUGGAUUGCGCAUGGAUCACUUCUCAGUUGGUAUUGGAAUGGGAUGGCAUUUCCAUGGGAUGCCGACUUUGAUGUACAGAUGCCAAUUACUGAAUUACAUCGUUUAGCACGUGAAUUCAAUCAAACACUAAUAAUUGACCUUGGACGUAAUAACACCAGUCCAAAUGUUGAAGAAAAUGAAGAGAUAAGGUAUGGCAGGUAUUUUAUUGAUGUUAGUAGUUCCAUAACUCAUCGUACCAAGGAAAAUGGUGAUAAUGUUAUAGAUGCAAGAUUUAUCGAUAUUGAUACUGGUUUGUAUAUUGACAUUACUGCAUUAGCUGUUUCAAAUAGUCCCACGCCACAGAGAUAUUACAAGCAAUUGUUUAAACCAAAAAAUGAUGAUUAUGAAAUUGUUAAUAAGGUUCUUAAAGUAGCGAACUGUAGAAAUGGACAUUUCCUCAAAUUUGAUGAUUUGAAUCCAUUAAGAUUAACGACAUUCGAAGGUCAGUUUGGUUAUGUUCCAAAUAAUUUUGGUACUGUCUUAGAGGAUGAAUAUAGGCAACCAGCAUUGGUUAAUGCACAUCAUGCUGAUUUUUCAUUUUCAUUCUACUUGAGAACCUGGAUAUUUGAUCCAUUGAAUAAGAAUAAACAAUUGAAACCUGGAUGGUUAAGAUCUAAAGAUGGGAGAAUAAUUGAACAGGAUAUGAUUAAACAGAAUAGCAAGCAAUUGGUUAAUUACGUUCAAGCACAAGAUUUCUUAAAGAUUCAUCAAUUCCAAAUGCAAAAUUUGGAUAAGUCACAAUCCAGUGAAGUAGAAAAUUCAUUAAAUUCAAUUGUACCAAGGUAUCUUAAACAUGAUUAUUAUAAUUUGAAAUUUAAGAGAAAUCGGUAUAAUUUUCUUCAGAAAUUAAAGAAGAAUUCAAUUUAG